AUGUUGUCACAUUUACUCAAUGGCUAUUUGACCGCGUUUUUCGUGAUCACGGGUAAGAAAAAUUAUAUCAAUAUUUUCCUAUUCUGAUGUAACAAGAAACAUUUUCAAAAAUAAAAAUUCCAAGAAAAUGUGAACUAAUUAAUUAUGUUUUGAAUACAUGCAUACACGAAUCGGAAAGAAAUAAAAAAAUUACAAAGAUCAUAUUAAUAAUUUAUAUAAAAUCUUCGAUCUUUUUCUGAUCUUUGAUGUUUUUCCAGGUAUUGUGCUGAACUUGUUGUCAGUUUCGAUCUUCUUGCGAAAAGAACGUGCCGGUACACCUGCCAUACAGUACUAUUUGGUGAGUUUGAGUGAAAUUUGAGAUUUCUGCUUUCUGCAAAACAAAAACUCAGAUUUCUGUGACUCACUUGAGUUUUCCAAGAAAGCCAAGAUAUCAAAUUCUAGGCUUCACGUGCUUCACUAAAGAGGAACUACAUAUGUUUUGAUCAAAAGUUUAAUCUUCUACAAAGCUCUUGAAAUUCUAAUUUUGUGUUUUUCAAAGAAUAUAUAAUUUUGGGAAUUCAUAAACGAAGACCUACACUUUUCUUAAUAAGUAUCUUAAGAGAUCAAAAAUCUAACAAUUUGAGUGUUCAUAAAAGUUUGUUUAUUAUUUAUUGGAAGAAAUAUGGAGCUUUUAAUGAAAUACGUGAAUAUUUCCAGAAAGAAUAUUGAACUUUGUGUGAGGUCUUUGUAAACAUUUCGGAGAGCUAGUCUGGAGUUUUAGAAAAAUGGAACUUUCAGGGGUUUUGGUAAAAAUCCGUUCUUUCGAAAGCCUAGAAUAAUACAAACCUGAAUUUCAAAAAUGUCAUUGCAAACCCUGUAUGAUUUUGAUUGGACUUGGAUUCACCAGAAAAUAAAUAUGAAAUCAUUUAAUGAAAACAUCAUCAAUUCUUAUAUCUAUGACCAAAGUCCGGAAUAAAAACGAAUAUCACACAUUUUUUAACUGAAAAAUUUCAUGAAUAUUAAAUUUUUCAUAACAAAUAUUGUUCCGGGUAUUCUACGUGGGUGGCCUUUCGCUUUUCCCAUAAGUUUAUAAUCAUUGAAAUACUUCUCAACAGAAUCAAAAACAUCGUGGGUGGUCGAAUAAUUUUUAUUUUGCAGGUUACACUAACAUUAUGGCAAACAGCCUUAUUGGCCAAUGCAUUCCUACUUUAUUCUUUUCCAACACUAGUGUUUGGUUUUCUGGUUUCGACCGGAUCAUAUGUUCAUAUUUAUCCAUACGUCUAUACUUUUGCCAAUACCACCCAUACAGGUUCUGUAUGGAUUGUUUUGACUUUAACUAUUGAUCGAUAUUUGGCAUUGUGCCAACCUUUGAAACAUAGAGCUAUUGGUAAAAAACGGUUGGUUUCUUUAUUGCGAACCAGAAAUAAAUAAAAUAAUGGUUUCAGACGUGUCAAGCGAUUAAUGAUACUUGUAUCUUUAUUAGCCGUGUUAUUUUCGUUGCCAAGAUUUUUUGAGGUUCACGUCAUCACUUUGACAAACUAUACUACAAAUGAAACAAUUGUUGCUAUUGAGAGAACUGAACUCUUUAAGGUUAGAAGGUCUCUUUUAAACAGGAAAUAUUGAUUUUCGAUUUUUUCAGAAUCAUUUGUAUUGGUCGGUUUAUCAUGUGAUUUUGGCAAUGUUAUUUGUCACAUUAUGCCCUUGCUUAAUUCUCUUCGGAUUGACUUUGAGAAUAUCGAUUGCCCUGAGAUCUGCCAUAGCUAAACGAAAAUCGUUGUGUGCUCCAAAUGCUGAGUUAGAUACAAGGGCCAAAGCUAUGAAAUCUUCAAGAUAUCGGAACUCAAGGUAUAUAAUUUUCAAAUCUAUAAACACUUUUUUUACCAACCCAUUUCAGAAAAGAUCAUAAAUCGAACAUAAUGUUAGUGCUGGUGAUCACGAAAUUUUUAAUCUCUGACAUUUUACCCACUGUAAUUGAUGUUUUGGAACAUCUUGUUGGAUCUUCGAACUUUAUGCAAUCACCGCUUGCCUCAUUGUUUGUUGAUUUAUCAAAUUUCCUAAUUGUUCUCAAUUGCUCCUCAAACUUUUGGGUGUUCUUUGUCUGGGGACGAAGAUUCCGAAGAUCAUGUCGAAAAUGUAUAAAAAGCACACACCUUGGAGCAUGUAUUUAUGAUUUGGCAAAAUGGAAUACUGACUCGGUAAGAGUGCACUGGAAGAAAAAAAAAAUUGAGGUUUUUUUUAAUUACAGGAAGUCUCAUUAUGUGCUCCGAGCUCUUUCACAACUUUGAACGCGACAAAAGUUUAUGGCAGCACAGAACGAUCAUUCCGAACAAAAAGUCGUCUAGAAAUGAUAUCAAGGUAAGGAGAAGUGAAUAAUUAUGUAAAUCGUGCUCUAUGAACGUUUUUUGUGCAAUGGGAAUAAAAAUGAAACAUUGAAGUCUAGAUCAACGGAUAUCCGGAAUAUCUUUGGAACUAAAUUUGUUUUGAUAUUUUGCUCACAAAUUCGAAAUAACGUUUUCCAUUUCAGGACCGAAGAAUUGUCAUCCACGCCAAGCCGAACUUAA